AUGUCUUAUCAAGAACAAGAUUUUACUGACAAAGAAUCAACUAAUCCAAGAAAAAAUCAAAGUUUUGAAGAUUGUAAUAAAAGAGAAAUUUUUACAAAUGACAGAGAAUUAUUAUUUGAUAGUAUUGAAACAAAAGGUGUUGAAUUAACGAAAAAAGAAAAAAAGGAGAAAAUUAGAGAAAUUAGACAAAUGAUGAUCAGUGCAAACAAAUUCUUUGUAAAAAAUGAUAAUAAUUCAUGCAUAUCAGUACUUAAAGAAAUUUUAAUAAAAUCACCAAAAAAUGCAAAUGCAUAUUUUAUGAUAGGAUUGGUAUUUGAAGAAAUGAAAGAUUUAAUGAAAGCAUAUAAUUUCUUUCUUAUUGCUUCACAGCUUAUGAAAACCAAUUAUUUGCUAUGGGAGAAAUUAUACGAGUUAAGUACAACAUUAAACUUGUUGUCUGAUAAAAUCUAUUUUAUUCAGAUAUUGCAACGUAGACAAAAUACAAAAGAAUUGGUUGAAGAAAAAUUACAACUGUAUACAAUUCUCAAAUCAAAGUAUAAAAUUUUAGAAACAAAAAUAGAGCUUUUUUAUUUUAAAGGUGUAGAUUUUAACAUUUUUAAUAUUAUACGAAAUGAAACUAAGCAUAAAUUUAUGACUGCAAGAUGUGCAUUGUAUCUUAUAAAAUAUUUUGAAAAAUAUCCUGCGAAUUGUGGACUAGACUUUUUACAAAAUAUAAUUAGAUUGCAAUAUGACACAGGAUAUUUAUUUAAAACUAGAAAUCUUAUAGAAAAAUAUUUAUUAGGAAAGGUUAUUUUACCAAGGGAUAUUAGAAUAAUUUAUAUUAUGUGUGUUUUAGUAAACAAUGACCCACCAGAAAAAAUUGAGUCAAGUUUUACUGAUUAUAAUAUUGAUGAUAUAGAAUUUAGAGAAGCACUUUUUGAGGCUAAAGAAUCCGUUCUAAAAAAUCUUAAUUGUAAAGAUGAGAUAUUUGAUAUUUAUGAAAACAAUAAUGAAGAGUGUAGUAAAACUUUAGAGAUAAAUAGUUUACUAUCAUCUACAGAUUUAUAUGAAAAAUAUUCAGAUAUUGAUAUAUUCAUUAGGGAUUUAUCACAGUGGGAAAAUUUUACUGAAAUCGAAUACAUAAAAGGACUUUUAGAAAUAUUUCUUAAGUUAAAUAUGGAUGAUAAGUAUCUUGAAGUUUUAAAUAUCUUGGAAAAUAAAAUAGACACACUAAAAGAAUAUGUAUACAAUAGUUAUGGUGACUUUUAUUUUACAAAAAAAGAUUUUAUAAAUGCACUUUUUUAUUAUCAAGAGACUCUAAAAAUCAAUCCAGAUAAUAAUUUAAUUAAAAGUAAACUAUACGAAAUAUAUAAAAUUAUGGGGAAUAUUGAUCUGGCUAACAAAUUUCGUACAAUUUCAUCUUUGAUUAAUUUUGUUAAUGAUGUUCAAAAUGAUGAUAAAUUUAAGUUUAUGUCAUCUAUUGAAAAAUGUAAUGAAAAUAGGAAUAUUUAUUCUAAAUCCAGGUUACUUUUUAGAGAAAAUUUUCAUGAAUAUAAUUAUGUUGUACGCCCACUUAUAAAUGACUUUUUAGAAAAUAGAUUUUUUUUUACAAAAAUUAAGAAGGUAAAACUUGACAAGGACGAUGUCGACCCAAAUGAAGAAAUUUGUGAAGCCAAUACACGCCUGUUAAGUCUUCACGGAUUAAAUAUCGAUGAAUGGUCUGCCAUUCUUUUGGAAUUUAUAAUUUAUAAUAUUACUCAAAGUAAUUUAAAAGAUGCUUCUCAUCUCUUAAAAAAAUCUCUUGAUUGUAAUAUUUUUAAGAAAAAAUAUGAAAUUUUUUUGCAAUUUGUUUUUUUAACUAUAAAACACGCAAUUUUUUGUAAUGACCUUAAUCUUCUUUCUAAUUGUUUUAAAAAAGUAUUCAGAGUGUUUAGGGAUUACAGCUGGGCAAAUUUUUAUUUUUAUCUUCUGAACUUCUUCCCAGAUUACAUUUUUAAAAACAGCUAUGGAAGUGUUGUUAGAAAUAUUAGAAGGACAUUCAAAAGAAAUCAUGUUUUAAUUUCUGGAAUUAAAAAAAAGUAUUCCUCUGUUUAUGAAUCAUUAGAUUUAAAUUUACUAUUAGGCACCUUUUUUAUUCAAAAUAUUGCUAAAAAGUCAUAUAAAAUUAUUAAUAAUAUUAUUCUUGAUGGAAGUGUUAGAGACAGAAUGACUUAUUAUAUUAUUUUAAUUAUAACUUAUAAAAGUAGAAGGAAUGAUAUAAAAAAUGAAAUGUUAAAAAAAGGUAUAGAAGGAUUAAAGGCAUUGACAUCUAUGUGUAAUCAUGAAGAGUUGUGUAAUUUAUCGUAUAAUAUUGGAGUAACAUAUCACUUAUUUGGAUAUAUUGGAUUUGCCGAAAAGUAUUAUCUAGAGGCUUUAAAGUCUAGAAAUAAUGAGUUACGAAGGAUGGCUAGAUUAAGUCAUAUAAUUAUUUAUAAAAAAAGUAAUCAAUAUUUACUGGAAAAAUUAUACGCUGAAGAUGAGAUGCCUAUAUAA